GUCGCAGGCUUAUGGCGGUGUGAUUAAUGGCGGGAAUUUGCAUCGUUUGUAAAUCCAGUUUGGAAUCGCCUGGAGAGGUGGUGAGUUUACGAUCCGCGAUAAAUCAUAAUCCUUCGUCAAACGCUUUUGGAUUUAAUUCUGAGCCACUGUUUUGUCAUCGACAUUGCUUUAUUUGCUCUGUGUGUUCGGCCACAUUGGACGAGAAAUGGGACUCGUGCGGGGUUUCCAUUGAACAUCGACUGUACUGCAAAACGCAUUUCGAGAGUUCCCAAAAUGAUGCACUGAUACAGGCACUGAAAAGCUUCAAAGCGAGAAGCCUUGCUUUAAAAGCAGCGCUUGAGGAAGAGAGCGUUGUCAGUGAUUUUCAAGACGAAUCAAGCUUUUAUAGCAGGGUGUGCGCUUGCAGCGAACCGAAGUAUGUUCAACGAGUGAGGGGAUAUUAUUCCGAAUGCACCGAAAAGGAAUGCCCGCAGAGGGAUUCUUUCACGAAAAGUCACGAGAAUCGGUUUAAAAGCUACUGCGAUCUUGGUUCAACUAGAAUCAGUGGCCAUGCAGCGGCUUCAGUAGCCCCCGACGAUUUCUAUCGACACUUCUUUUACGGAGUGAAACACUGGAAUUUCUGUACAAGGGAAGAGGACAUUGGUUUCGUGCUUAUUACGUUCAGACCCGAGGCAAGCCCGCAUUCAAAAGGUUAUUUUAGGAUUAUGGUACGUUCUCCAUAUCACCUUAUAUUUGGACUGCUCUCGCCUUCAAUUCACCACCAUGGUAGUCUAUCAAGUCGAGAAGAUGUUAUACAGUUUUUAAGCCAACAAGCAGAUAUCAAGACCACUAUGAAACUCAUUACUGCUCCAUCUGCACCAGCAGAACUUCUCAAGAUGGACAGUGCAUUCAACAAGCAAGCCUACAAAUUUGGUGUGGUUUACAUGAAGGAAGAUCAACAAACUGAAGAAGAACUAUUUGGCAAUGAGACUCACAGCAAAGCAUUUGAUGAUUUCCUUGAUCUGUUGGGUCAAAGGAUCCGACUGAGAGGUUUUGAUAAAUACCGUGCAGGCCUGGAUGGCAAUAAUGACCUAACAGGAAAAUACUCUGUGUUUACCAAGUUUAAUAACAAUGAGGUUAUGUUCCACGUAUCGACACUUCUACCAUUUGAAGAGUUUGACUCUCAGAAGCUUCAAAGAAAGAGACACAUUGGCAAUGAUAUUGUUUGUGUAGUUUUCAUGGAAGCUACAAAAACCAAGUUUGUUCCUGACUGCAUCAAAUCAAACUUUCUCCAUAGUUUCAUCAUUGUGCAAGUUGAUGUCGAGAACAAUCCCAACCUAUACACAGUGUCUGUGGUGUCAAGGGAUAAUGUGCUGUCGUAUGAUCCACCUCUGUAUGAGAGGCACAUCUUUGAGAAGAAUGAUGAGUUUAGAGACUGGAUUCUUAGAAAGUUGAUUCAAGGUGAACGAGCCUGCCACCGGUCUCCUAACUUUGCAAAAUUACAUGUGAGUGUAACAGAUGCAACUGUUGGAACAAUAAUGAUAAGUGAUGUCAUAACAAAGUAACUAAUGACUUUUUUGU